CGUACCGCAUUUAACUUCCAGAAGAACUCAUUGAAACCUUAAGAUGAGCGGCAGAGGCAAAACCGGAGGAAAGGCUAGGGCUAAGGCCAAGACUCGGUCCUCCAGGGCUGGACUCCAGUUCCCCGUGGGUCGUGUUCACAGGCUGCUCCGCAAGGGCAACUAUGCCCAUCGUGUUGGAGCUGGCGCUCCGGUCUACAUGGCUGCCGUGCUCGAGUAUCUGACCGCUGAGAUCCUGGAGUUGGCCGGCAACGCUGCCCGUGACAACAAGAAGAGUCGUAUCAUUCCCCGCCAUCUGCAGCUGGCUGUGCGUAACGACGAGGAGUUGAACAAACUGCUCGGCGGAGUGACCAUCGCUCAGGGUGGUGUGUUGCCCAACAUCCAGGCUGUGCUUCUGCCCAAGAAGACCGAGAAAUCCAAGUAAAUUUGUCCCACCAAAAUAUCAAACAAAGGCUCUUUUAAGAGCCGCCCAACUACCUUUUAAAAGUACACUCCAAUUGUUUUCUUGAGCAUUUAUAUUUAAAGUGUUUCGCGUGCUCAAAUUGAAUUUGGGCGGU